AUGCUACAGAUUAAUUCCUCGUAUGCAGAGGAUUCAGAAUUACAGAUGAUAGGAGACUCAACGUGUGCAACAGAUCUUCUGGUUGAGGAACAGAAUAGGACUUAUUUCUGGUCGUUUUACCGAGCGGCCAUUUACAUUACUCCUGGUUAUCAAGACAAUCAUCUAGUCCUCGCAUGCCCGCUCUGUGCCGUGGCGUUCGUCCCCUUUUGGGUCGGGGAGGACAUGGAGGAAUUUUCCCUGUUAAAGAUUAACAUGUCCAGCUUGUGUAAACCAGCUCCAGUGGACCUUGAGCCCUCAGAAUCAUGUCGGGAUAACAGGGCUGGUCGACCUCUGGGCUGGAGGAUGAACCAGCAGAUCUUGACGACGGUGGCGGAGCAGAGCAGAGAAAUCAUGGAGCUGCACUGUCAACUCGGAUGUGAGAAGCUCGAUGAGAAGCCACCCAUCCUCACUGGCAGACGGCAAGCCGAUAAUACUCGUGCCAUAUUGCCCCAAAUUCUCUGUUGGCAUCUGGCAUCUAUUGUUUCUGUCGGUUGCACGGCCCGGGAUGCGGCAUUCUUUAACGUUGGCGUUUCCUUUCUGUACGUCUAUAGGCAGGCUAACGCUCAACUCCGAACAGCCACCAACCAAGUGGACGAGAUGACCACACUCAGCAAUUUCCAAGAGCAGAUACGCAGGAGAGAGGAAGAUGUUGCAGAGGCUCAGGGCCGAGAGGUCGCAGCCUCCAGAUGCCUCCAGCAGCUUCAGACGACGCUGGGACAACUUCAGACCAGGCUACAAGCUGCAUCUCAUGAGGCUGAGGUGCUUCGCAGAGAGCAGGCUGUGUGGGAGAGGAAGGUCGGGGAACUCCGGGCACAAGUCAAACAGAGUGUUCAAGCUGCUGAAGAGUCCGUCAUGCAGAAGGAUCAGGCCCUGAUGAGAGAAAAGCAAAAGACAGAAGAGCUGCUGAAGACCAGCGAAACCAUCAAACUCUUAGACCAGGUGGCAACAUCCCGGACACGGAGAGAGGUGGAUAGUGUGCGUCAACAGUGCAACGUCCAAGUCGAGCAAAUUACAGAGGAGCUGUUUGCGCUGCAGAUGGAGUGUGCAGAUAAGCAGUCUGAGAUUGAAAGGUCCCUGCAUGAGAGAAAAGCUUUAGAGAAGAAACUGGAGAAGGUGUACAAAGAGGGCAGGGCAGAGCUAGAGUUGGGGAGUAUUGAUGCCCUUCAUCAGAGGUGUCUGAAUGCCGAGAGGCUGAAGUUUGACCUCGGCCUAACGCUGCAGAGCACCCAGAACGAAAUGAAGACAAUGGAGAUGGAGUACAGCGAGGAGGUGCAGCAGCUUCGGCGUGAUCUGGCUGCGGCGCGGAAUGAGUGCGUCGGCAUCAGCGAUGAGCGGCUGCAGCUGCAGCAGGAAAAUGUGCAGCUACACAAAGAGAUGAACGAGCUCCGCAAUGCUACGAUGCUCAUCCAAAAUGAAGCCAAGCAGACGGUGUCACUGAUGGAGCAUGAAUACUUCCUGAAGGAGGUGGAGCUGAACGCGCGGCUGAGCGAUCUGGAGGAGAGCAGCCGCAUCUCCAGCGCCGAUAGCCUCCUCGCCACUCAGCAGAAAAUCAUUCAGCGAGGGAAGGAAGAGUUCCAGAACCUCAUUCAGACAUUUGAAACUAACACCGCAUGCCUUAGGUUCCUGGAUCCUCGGAUUACUCGCUCUUGAUUCUGGAAGGAAAUCUCUGGUUCGUUCCUGUUUAUCUCCUCCGCCUGCCGACCCGCUCUCCACCUCGCUCACGCUCCCUCUCCGGAUCAAUAUCCUCGCUCAUUCUCCGACUCACCCAUCAUCUUGGAUAUCACCCCGGCUCACUUCCCUUCCAUACUCCAACUCCUCUUCUGCAUAACGCUGCUUCUGGAUUCUGAAAACCGCUGGACUUCAGUGCGCCCUUAGUUCUCCUGUUAAUAAUAAAUCAUUUUACCUUUUUACCAUCA